AUGAAUUUGUCAACUUUUCCUAAUUUAGAAGAGAUAGUGGUGGAAGGACAUUUUAUAAAUUGUUUAGUCCUGGCCGGAUGUUCUCGUUUAAGAAAAAUCCAUGCCAGCAAUAACUUGUUACGAGCAGUUGUUUUUCCUCAUCGAGCACCCGAGAUAGAGGAUAUUCUGUUAACUAACAAUAAUUUUUGCGAGCAAAAUCUGUCUAGUUUCACUCGUUUUCCCCGAUUACACAGACUAUUUUUGGGAACCGAUAACGCUGCUAGAAUAAGACAAGGAAUUUAUAAUCGUUGGUAUGGUUCGCUUAUCCAUUUGUUGACCUUAACCAGAUUACAAGAGUUAGAUAUUAAUGCCACCGAUAUUAACUCUGGUUUAAAAUUUUUACCUACCGGGGAUUUGAUUUUUUUUACUUUUGGUGAUAAAGGCCGAAAUAACGCCAGAGUAAACAUCUUAAGGACCGAAAUAGAAGAUUAUUUAGCAUUAGAAGAAGGGGAAACAAUGGAACAAUGA